UUCCGAAGAGACUCGGAAAGAGAGAGAGAAGAUAGCAGCAGCAGGAAACACAGCUAGAGAGACAUACACAGAUCUGUGUCUGAGAAGUGAUCAGCUCCUCCGCACGUGUCUCCUCUCUCUCUCUCUCAUCUCUUCCUGUUUCUCUCUCUAAAAUUUUCUUGUUGCUCUCUGCCUUCCAAUUCCUUCUCCUUCAUAAAGAUCUUUACAAGCUUGUUCUCUGCUAAUGGAGGUAACAAAGGAAGUUGAAGGAAUUCCCUCAGGAAAAGCAUCUGUGGACAUCUCCUCUGUGGAACAUCCUCCUAUCAAUGAAAAACCAUCUGCUUCCUCAGUGACUGAUGAGAAUGAAAAAGACGUCAAUGACAGCCAGACAAGUACAGUAACAGAAGAAACUCGAAUUUCAACUCCGCUAGACACUCCAUCAGACCAAGUACCAAUUUCAUUGAAAAAUCCUGAUGCAACUGAUGAACAAAGUAUUUCGGGAGCUCAUCCAUUGGAUGAGUCAAAAGAAAAAGUGGAUAAUGUACAACAGCAAAUUGAAGAUGAAAUUUCUAUCACAGAUAGUUAUACAUCGGCUGUUAGUAAUCGUACUUCAUUAGAUGAGUCAGGAAACACAGAAGACAAGGAUCACGAUGGGAGACCACAUCAAAUUCAGGAUGAUAGUUCUGCUGAGGCACCUGUUGUUGAGGCAAAUAAUCAUCAUAAUUCCUCUAGUGAAAUUAAAAAAGCUGAAGGCAAUCAGGUGCAGAUUGGAAAUACAGUGCAGGAAACACCGCAAUUACCUGAUCCUUCUGAUCGUGCAAAGCAGGCAAUUUCAUAUAGAGCUCUUGUUGACACUGCAGCACCUUUUGAAUCUGUCAAAGAAGCAGUCAGCAAAUUUGGGGGAAUUGUUGACUGGAAAGCUCAUAAGGCACAGACUUUGGAGAGACGAAAGCAAGUUCAGCUUGAGCUGCAGAAGGUGAAAGAAGAAAUUCCAGGCUUCAAAAAGCAAUUUGAAGAUGCUGAAGUUGCGAAGGUUGAAGUACUGAAAGAGUUGGACCACACUAAAAGACUCAUAGAGGAGCUGAAACUUAACCUGGAAAGAGCACAAACUGAAGAGGCCCAAGCAAAACAGGAUUGUGAGCUUGUCCAGCUCAGGGUUCAAGAGAUGGAACAAGGGAUUGGCGAUGAAGCAAGUGUUGCUGCAAAGGCACAAAUAGAAGUUGCCAAAGCAAGGCAUGCUGCAGCUGUUGCAGAACUGAAAUCGACAAUAGAGGUGCUGGAAGGGUUAAGAGGAGAGUAUGUUUCUCUAGUCAGGGAAAGGGACAUGGCCAUCAAAAAAGCUGAAGAGGCCGUUUGUGCAUCAAAGGAAAUUGAGAAAACAGUCGAGGAAUUAACUCUUGAACUCAUCCGGACGAAGGAGUCACUGGAAUCUGCCCAUGCAACUCAUCUUGAAGCUGAAGAGCAUAGAAUUGGUGCUGCAUUGGCACGAGAUCAAGAUGUUCUUACUUGGGAGAAGGAGCUGAAGCAAGCUGAGGAGGAAGUGCAACAGUUAAAUGAACAGCUCUUAUUGACUGAAGAUCUCAAGUCAAAACUAGAUUCAGCAUCCACUAUAUUACUUGAUCUCAAAGGUGAGUUAGCGACAUACAUGGAAACCAAACUGAAACAAGAAUCUGAAAGCAAUAUGGAGGAGAAGCCAGAUGAUGGAGCCGAAACAAAUAAAGUACAAACAUCCACGCAAGCUGCACUAGCAGCAACCAGAAAGGAGCUUGAAGCAGUAAAGAUGAAUAUUGAAAAAGCAAAAGGUGAAGUUGAUAUCUUAAGAGUUGCAGCAUCAUCCCUGAAAUCGGAGUUGGAGUUAGAAAAAACAGCGCUCACCUCCUUAAGACAGAUGGAAGGAAUGGCUUCUAUAGCAGUGUCUUCACUUGAAGCGGAGCUUGAGAGAACAAAAGCAGAAAUAGAACUGGUUCGCUCGAGGGAGAAAGAAACCCGAGAAGAGAUGGUGGAGCUACCAAAAUUGCUGCAGCAAGCUGCCCAGGAAGCAGAUAAGGCUAAGUCAGCUGCUCAGUUAGCAAGAGAAGAGCUCAAAAGGACUAAAGAAGAAGCAGAACAAGCGAAGGCUAGUGCAAAAACCAUGGAGACAAGAUUGCACGCAACUCUGAAGGAGAUUGAGGCAGCUAAAGCCUCAGAGAGGUUGGCACUAGCAGCUAUCAAAGCCUUGGAAGAAAGUGACCAAGCUGCAAUCAUGGGAAGCGAAGAAUUGCCUAGUGGAGUAACUCUUUCACUAGAGGAAUACUAUGAACUUAGCAGGAGAGCCCAUGAAGCCGAGGAGCUUGCUAAUGAGAGAGUGACAGCUGCCAUUGCAGAAAUUCAGGUCGCCAAGGACUCUGAAUUGAAGAGCUUGGAAAGAUUGAAUGCCGCAACUAAAGAGUUGGGCUUAAAGAAGGAAGCCUUGCAAGUUGCGCUGGACAAAGCUGAGAAAGCCAAGGAUGGGAAAUUGGGUGUCGAGCAGGAAUUGAGGAGAUGGAGAGCAGAGCAUGAACAACGAAGAAGAGCUAGUGAUGGUUCACAAAAUGUGGCUAAUCCUUCUAGGAGUCCUCCCAAGAGUUCUGAGGAUAGUAGAGAAGGCAAAGGCUUCAGUACCGACAAUGCUUCUUCUAUGUUUGUCCAUCCCACAUCCAAUACUAAGUUCUUUGCGUCGCAUGAUGAGGUGGGUAAUACGGUGCCUGAGGUGAAGCGGAAGAAGAAGAGAUCAUUCUUCCCACGAAUUAUCAUGUUCCUAGCUCGCAAAAAAUCUCAAUCAUUGAAGUAACUGUGAAAAAUCUGUACUGAGCUUGCAUAUGUUUUAGGUUGUUUCUGUUGUAAAUGUGCAAUAAGUCGGUUUUUUAAUUUUCUUAUCUCGGCAAGGUGGUUGAUUUAUGGUGUAUAUUUUUGGUUUUUUGGUGAAGACAUUUGUGUAUAUUGACAUUCAUAAGGAAUUUUAUGUGAGAUUUCUGCUUUACAAAGAUAA